CGAGACGCGGGGUGUGGCUUCGCCGACCCGGGCGCAAUGAGGCGGCUGCCCGCUGGGUGGCGCCGAUUUCCCGGGGAGGUCUUUUCUGGGCCCCCGGCGGAGGUGGGGGAGAGGCGGGCAGGAGCCGAGGCCAGGGAGCCUUCUGCGUCAGCUGCUGCUCACUGCGCCGCGCCAGUACCAGCCGGGACUCACCCGCGGCUCCAUGCUUGUGCCGGGUUCGACUCGUCCAUCCUCCGAGAAGAGGCAGCCCAUGAGGCUCCCAGUCCCCACUGAGUGCCGCCCUGAAGGAUGUCCCAGCUCUCCUCCACCCUGAAGCGCUACACAGAAUCGGCCCGCUACACAGACGUCCCUUACGCCAAAUCGGGCUAUGGCACCUACACCCCCUCUUCCUAUGGGGCCCACCUGGCUGCCUCCUUCCUGGAGAAAGAGAAGCUUGCCUUCAAGCCAGCCCCCCCCACCAGUUUCCUCACCCGUCCCCGUACCUAUGGCCCCUCCUCCAUCCUGGACUAUGAGCGAGGCCGCCCCCUGCUGAGACCUGACAUCAUUGGGGGUGGUAAGCGGGCAGAGAGCCAGACUCGGGGCACUGAGCGGCCUUCAGGCAGUGGCCUCAGCGGAGGCAGUGGAUUCCCUUAUGGGGUGACCAGCAACAGCCUCAACUACCUACCUGUGAAUGCCCGUGACCACGGGAUGACCCUGACCCAGAAGAAGUCGGACAGCCAAUCAGACCUAGCCCGGGAUUUCUCCAGCCUCCGGACCUCAGAUAGCUACCGGAUAGACCCUGGGAACCUGGGCCGCAGCCCUAUGCUGGCCCGCACGCGUAAGGAGCUCUGCACCCUGCAGGGGCUCUACCAGGCAGCUAGCCGUCCUGAGUACCUGGUCGACUACCUGGAGAACUAUGGUCACAAGGGCAGUGCACUCCAGGUGCCCACCCAGGCCCCUCCCUCACGAGUCCCUGAAGUCCUCAGCCCCACCUACCGACCCAGCGGCCGCUACACACUGUGGGAGAAGGGCAAGGGCCAGACCCCUGGGCCCAGCCGCUCCAGCUCCCCAGGGCGAGACACCAUGAAUUCUAAGAACGUCCAGGGUCUGGCUGGUCUUCGAAACCUUGGGAACACGUGCUUCAUGAACUCGAUUCUGCAGUGCCUGAGCAACACCCGGGAGCUGAGAGAUUAUUGCCUCCAGAGGCUGUACAUGCGGGACCUUAACCAUGGCAGCAGUGCGCACACAGCCCUCAUGGAAGAGUUUGCAAAACUAAUCCAGACCAUAUGGACCUCAUCCCCCAACGAUGUGGUGAGCCCAUCUGAGUUCAAGACCCAGAUCCAGAGAUAUGCACCACGCUUCGUUGGCUAUAAUCAGCAGGAUGCUCAGGAGUUCCUUCGCUUUCUUCUGGAUGGGCUCCACAAUGAAGUGAACCGAGUAACACUGAGGCCCAAAUCCAACCCUGAGAACCUUGAUCAUCUUCCUGAUGAUGAGAAGGGGCGACAGAUGUGGAGAAAAUAUCUAGAACGGGAAGACAGUCGGAUUGGGGAUCUCUUUGUUGGGCAACUAAAGAGCUCCCUGACCUGUACUGAUUGUGGUUACUGCUCUACAGUCUUCGAUCCCUUCUGGGACCUCUCACUGCCCAUUGCUAAGCGAGGUUAUCCUGAGGUGACAUUAAUGGACUGCAUGAGGCUCUUCACCAAAGAGGAUGUGCUUGAUGGCGAUGAAAAACCAACAUGCUGUCGCUGCAGAGCCAGAAAACGAUGUAUAAAGAAGUUCUCCAUCCAGAGGUUCCCAAAGAUCUUGGUGCUCCAUCUGAAGCGGUUCUCAGAAUCCAGGAUACGAACCAGCAAGCUCACAACAUUUGUGAAUUUCCCACUAAGAGACCUGGACUUGAGAGAAUUUGCCUCAGAAAACACCAACCAUGCUGUUUACAACCUGUAUGCUGUGUCCAAUCACUCCGGAACCACUAUGGGCGGCCACUAUACAGCCUACUGUCGAAGUCCAGGAACAGGCGAAUGGCACACUUUUAAUGACUCCAGUGUAACACCCAUGUCCUCCAGCCAAGUGCGCACCAGCGACGCCUAUCUGCUCUUCUACGAGUUGGCCAGUCCGCCCUCCCGUAUGUAGCAGCGAGGAGCUACAUCCCUUCUCCCUCCCCAGUGGUGGCCCCACACCCCAAGUUUUUUCAAAAGACAAAAAAAACCAACAAAACACAAAACAAAAACAAAGAAACCUUGGCAAAUAAGAGAAAGACCUAAAACCGCCGAGCAGGAGUUGAUGCAGCCUGGUCAGGGUACGGCGCGAGGAGCCGGGAGCUCCUGAGUCACACCUGGCAGGGAAGAUCGACAGCAUGGAGGCCAGAGUCAGCCAGUGCUCCCUCGGCUUUUCUUGUUUGCAUUUUUAAGCUUGUGGUUUUUUCCUGUGUGUAACGAACAGCGGCCUGUGGGGAGAAGAUCCUUGUGGGCCUGCUGCCCUCUCUAGCCCUUGCACCUUCUGAGAGGACAGCGCCCUCUGGAGCCUGCUGGGAGCAUCACUGCCUGGACACGCCGCACCACAGAGGAGCCAGGCACCCCACCUCCACCUGGAUCUGCUUGCCCGUCCAGAACACGGAAACACCCAUGAGCCAAGAGCCCUCUUAACGCUGCUAACUCCAGGGGACAGACAGGGAACGUCUUUGGAAAAAGCUGGUUUUUGGUUUUUAAAAGCCCAACUUUUUUUUUAAGCCUCCAUAACUAAAGUUUUCAGACUGGAGAUUGCUCUCCUUCAGACCUCUUCACAGCUGGGACGUUGUACUGGUCCUUUACUGGUCUUUUUUUUUUUUUUCUUCAAGAAAAACUUUUCUAAUGCUAGCCCCCCGUGGUGCUAGGUGGGUGUUGGCCAGGCCCCAAGCACAGCCACAGUAGACCUGGGAUCUAAAACAAGUUUGUUGCUUUCUGUUGUUGCUGUUGUUUAAUGUUUUGGAUGGAAUCUAGUUGCCUCCAAGAAUUGUGCCUUAUAGCAUUUGGGGACCAGGGGGUAACUGCCCCUCCCUGAAAUAUCCCACAGCCUCUUUCCUUUUCCCCAGUGCCAUGUUCACACCUGCUGGGGGAAGGGGUCCUGCCCUUAGCCCCUGGCUUGUUGUGCAUUGCAGUGAGGCCAAGGGGAAAGUAGGUAAAAGGAGAUUUCUUAUGACAGUGUAUUGAGUUCUUCCCGCCCACCUCCUCUGACCCAGCCCUGGUCUGCUCCUCAGCUGUUUGAAGGAUAGCACAGCCCCAUAUGCCUAGAGCUUCUCUCACCUUUUAUUUAUUCUCUUCUCACAUCCCUUUCUCCCUGGCCUUCCCACCACCCCUGCCCCCUUCUCAGAGCCUCCUAGACAUAGGCCCUUUGGACCGAGUUUCUCAGGGAUGCCCAGGCUGCCCCUCAGUUCCUCUUGGUGUUGGUCUUCAGUACUACCUUGAGAGCUGAAGUCUGGGUAUUUGGGGACAUCUUGCCUCAGUUGUAUGGUUCUUUCCCAUGGGCUCAAUUUUGCCUAAGCAGUGGGACAAAACUCUGCUUUCCCAGAGAGUAAAGCUCUUGAGCACUGAGGACUGGAGUACUGUGCCUGUGCACACCCACACAGCUGGGCCUGGCUUGUGCCCCGUGGAGCCUGGUACAUUCCAGGGCUCCCAGGAGGAGGCAUCAGAGAAAGACACCCUGAGUUUAACUGGACUGACACCCUUCUCCAGGGAAGACCUGUGAACCUGAGCCCAAGGGCAGACGUACACUUGUUUACUAUGUAAACAAGAGUAGAAGAAUGUCUAAUGUACAGUGGAACCUUGUACAGAAUAAAUAAUAGCUUUGAGAAAUAA